UUUUCAAAAGUUCCUGGAGGUGUGUAUCGAGACGCACGGCAGCCGAGUCCGAGCUGCAGAGGGAAAUACGGAAUUGGACUAUAUCGAAAACGCUCAAUUUCUAUGAAAUUCACUCCAGUUAACUUUAUGACGCUGCUUCAUCUUAAUGUGAUUCCUUGGAACUUCAAUCACCGUGUCAUUUUUUAAAGGAUGUAUUAUUGCUAACAUUUCAAAAAAGGAGUAGGAUCGAGUUUCCACAGAAAUGGGGAAUAACAGUCUUUGGAUAUUUCUGUCAAUUUUAUAUCUUGUCCAAAUUAGCGAAGGAUCGCGCUGCGUGGAGACAUACAGGCCGUGCGAAAAUGGAGGAAUGUGUGUCGAUUCAAGAUGCUUAUGCCGGCCUGGUUAUAUUGGUUUACUCUGUCAGCAUCUGGACCCAUGUCAUCGCUCGCCUUGUCUAAACGGAGCAGCUUGCAAGAGCCAGGUUGCUAAUGGAAUCCCACAGUACACCUGUGUGUGCCAGCGAGGUUUCAGAGAUCAGGAUUGUUCCCUGAUUGAUGCAUGUGCCACAAAUCCCUGUGCCAAUGGUGCCCGUUGUACUAAUUGGAACAAUCACUACAACUGCUCGUGCCCACCGGGGUAUCAGGGAAAAAACUGCCGCAAUGACGUCGAUGAAUGCCGCAAACCCGGAAAAUGCCUAAAUGGUGGAAUCUGCGUGAACGCCCAUGGCUCAUUCCGUUGCGACUGCCUUGCUGGGUACAGUGGGCGCACAUGCGAGGUCCCCACCCAGCCCUGCGCCCCCUCACAGUGUCUCAACGGGGGCACCUGCCAUCAGACCGGUGACCACACCUACGAAUGUGCUUGCUUGCCAGGCUUCAGGGGACACAACUGCGAGGAGAACGUGGAUGACUGCCCUGGACACAAGUGCAUGAAUGGUGGGAUCUGUGUAGAUGGUGUCAACACAUAUAAUUGUCAGUGCCUACCUGAGUGGACAGGCCAGUAUUGUGCUGAGGAUGUCAACGAGUGUCUCAUGCAGCCCAAUGCUUGUCACAAUGGCGGUACAUGCUUCAACACCAUUGGAGGGCACACAUGUGUAUGUGUCAACGGCUGGACGGGGGAAGACUGCAGCGAGAACAUCGAUGACUGUGCCACAGCUGUGUGUUUCAACGGCGCCACAUGUCAUGACCGCGUGGCCUCCUUCUUCUGCGAGUGCCCGGUGGGCAAAACUGGUCUGCUCUGUCAUCUGGAUGAUGCUUGUGUCAGUAACCCCUGUAACGAGGGGGCCGUGUGUGACACUAACCCUCUGAACGGCCGUGCCAUCUGCACCUGCCCAGCUGGCUUUGUCGGCGGAGCCUGCAACCAAGACAUGGAUGAAUGUUCUAUCGGUGCCAACCCCUGCGAGCAUUUUGGGAAGUGUGUAAACACAGAGGGUUCGUUCCAGUGCCAGUGUGGACGGGGCUACACCGGCCCUCGCUGUGAGAUUGAUAUCAAUGAGUGUCUGUCCAUGCCCUGCCAGAACGACGCCACCUGCCUGGACCGCAUCGGCGAGUUCACAUGCAUCUGUAUGCCUGGCUAUCAGGGGAAGUACUGCGAGGUGGACGUUGACGAAUGCGAGAGCAACCCCUGUGUAAACGACGGCAUCUGCCGAGACAUGGUCAAUGGCUUCACCUGCACCUGUCAGCCAGGGUUUACUGGCACCAUGUGUCAGAUCGACAUUGAUGAGUGCGCCAGCACUCCCUGCCAAAAUGGAGCCAAGUGCAUUGACCGACCCAAUGGGUAUGAGUGCCGCUGUGCUGAAGGAUUUGAGGGAAGGCUCUGCGAGAGCAACAUCGAUAACUGCAAGCCCGACCCGUGCCACCAUGGCACUUGCAUAGAUGGCAUUGCCAGUUACACUUGUAAUUGUGAUCCUGGCUACACUGGCUACCGCUGCGAGAACCAGCUCAACGAGUGCCACAGCAACCCCUGCCAGAAUGGCGGCAAAUGUGUGGACCGAGUCAACAAGUAUAUCUGCCAGUGUCAACAUGGCACCUCAGGUACCAACUGUGAAAUCAACUUUGACGACUGUGCUAGCAACCCAUGUGACUACGGGAUUUGCAAAGAUGGCAUAAACCGCUAUGAAUGUGUCUGCAAACCUGGCUUUACCGGACCUCAAUGUAAAGACGAGAUUGAUGAGUGCCAGUCGAACCCUUGUCGCAACGGAGGGACCUGCGUAGAUGAUGAGAACGGCUUCCACUGCCAGUGCCCCGAAGGUUUCCACGACCCAUUCUGCUACUCACAAGUGGAUGAGUGUGCCAGCAGCCCAUGUUUGCACGGGACCUGCAGGGAUGACCCCAAUGGCUAUCGGUGCGACUGUGAGCCUGGAUGGGUGGGUAAGAACUGUGACCUAGACCGAAACGAUUGUUUACCCAGCCCCUGCCAGAAUGCAGGCACCUGUUUCGACCAGCUCAAUGGUUUCACCUGCAAGUGUCGGCAGGGUUUUAGAGGUAACUUAUGUCAGGUGAACAUCAACGAGUGCGCCUCCAGCCCGUGUCUAAAUCAAGGCACCUGUGUGGAUGGAGUGGCCAGCUUCACCUGUCUCUGUGAGCCACCUUACAGUGGUCCCACCUGUGCAGAACUGCUCACACCUUGCUCUCCCAACCCUUGUGCCAACCACGCUGCCUGCGUGAACACACCCGACUACCUGGGCUACCAGUGUAACUGCCAACCUGGGUGGCAGGGUCAGUUGUGUAACAACGACAUAAAUGAAUGCACCUCUAACCCAUGUAAGAACCGCGGGACCUGUACAAAUACUUUGGGUGGCUACGUGUGCUCCUGCCGCGCUGGCUACACUGGCCCCAACUGUGAAACUGAUAUCAAUGACUGUUCACCAAACCCCUGUCUGAAUGGAGGAUCCUGUACGGAUGGAGUGAACUCGUACCGUUGCAGCUGUCUGCCAGGCUUCACCGGGGCACGCUGUGCUGCCGAGGUGAACGAGUGUCAGAGCGGUCCCUGCAAGAACGGAGGCACUUGCACCGACUACGUCAACAGCUACACGUGUACCUGCAAACCAGGUUUCACGGGCCUUUUCUGCGAGAUCAACAUAGCAGACUGCACUGAAAGCUCCUGUUUUAAUGGAGGAACCUGCACUGACGGGAUCAACGGCUUCAAGUGCACUUGCCGCUCGGGAUUCACUGGAGAUUACUGCCAGUACGAGGUGAACGAGUGUAACUCUCAACCGUGCCUUAAUGGAGGAGUUUGUCAAGAUGCCCUGGAGUCGUAUCGCUGCUCAUGUCCGAAAGGUUACACUGGCCCCCGUUGCCAGUAUCCAGUUGAUUGGUGCAGACCUUCUAACCCAUGCAAGAAUGGUGGUCGCUGCAGACAGAAAGAUGCCUCGUUCACAUGUGACUGUGUGAAUGGCUGGUCAGGUCGUUAUUGUGACAUCCCAGGAAUGUCCUGUGAGGCUGCAGCCAGACAGAGAGAUCUCCAGACAGAUGAGCUUUGCCACUAUGGUGGACACUGUGUCAAUACUGGCAACACACACUACUGCAAAUGUCCCGCAGACUACACAGGCAGUUACUGUGAGUCCCAGUUUGACCACUGUGAGGACAAACCUUGCCUCAAUGGCGCCACCUGCAGGAGCUACAUGGGAGGAUUCACCUGUGAUUGUAUGCCUGGUUAUGAGGGGAGCAACUGCGAGAGAGAGGUCAAUGAGUGUCAGUCUCACCCAUGUCAAAAUGGAGGAACCUGCAUUGACCUGGUGGGACAUUACAUCUGCUCCUGUCCUCCUGGAACUCUGGGUGUCCUCUGUGAGAUAAAUGAGGAUGACUGCGCAAUUCCCUCAUGGCCCCGAGGGAUACCCAAGUGUCAAAAUAACGGCACAUGUGUGGACAGGGUUGGAGGGUACAGAUGUAACUGCCCUCCAGGCUUCACUGGAGAACGCUGUGAGGGAGACAUCAACGAGUGCCUUUCCAAUCCCUGCAACCCCUCCAACAGCUUGGACUGCAUACAGUUGCCCAAUGAUUACCAGUGUGUGUGCAAGCCAGGCUUCACAGGACGAGGGUGUCAGAAUAGAUUCAGUGUGUGCGAGUCUCAGCCCUGUAUGAACGGAGGAGUGUGCUCUUUGACCGGCAGCUCACCGUUGGGAUACACUUGCACCUGUCAGCUUGGGUAUGCAGGCGCUAACUGUGAGAGGAGCAUGAACUGCAAAGAGCUGCCUUGCUACAACGGUGGCAGCUGUACCCUUACCUCACGAGGUGCACGUUGCACCUGUAUUCAGGGAUUUGGCGGGCCACAGUGUCAACACCGCAGCAGUGAGGGCUGCUCCUCCAAGCCCUGUCGAAACGGAGGCUUGUGUAUAGAGGAAAUCGGCUUCCCAUUUUUCCGCUGCCAGUGCAUCAAUGGCUGGUCAGGCAAACGAUGCGAACAGGAAGCCAGGCUUCUGGCACCUCUUACUCCUCAGUGCCCUAUUGCCGACUGUCACGGCAAGGCCAAUGACGGUGUGUGUGACAAAGAAUGCAACUCGUUCGCCUGCCGCUGGGACGGAGGGGACUGCUCUCUUGCUGCGAACCCUUGGGCACGCUGCACAGACCCUCGCUGCUGGCGGCUCUUCAACAACAGCCAGUGUGACGAGUUCUGCAACAACGCAGAUUGCCUGUACGAUAACUUUGACUGCAAGAACAAAGAGAAAGUCUGCAACCCCAUCUAUGAGAUGUACUGUACCGACCAUUACGCGGAUGGGCUCUGUGAUCAAGGCUGCAAUACUGAAGAGUGUGGCUGGGAUGGACUGGAUUGUGCAGGGAAGAUUCCUGAAGAUCUUGCGGAAGAUGUGCUGGUUGUUGUAGUCCUACUGCCUCCAGAUGAGCUGCUGAAGACACAAACUGCUUUCCUGCAGAAACUAAGUGCAAUCCUACACACCACAUUGCGUUUCCGCAUCGAUCAGAACGGAGAGUACAUGAUCCGACCCUACACGGGCCGUGAGACGCGCAUUAAACGAGAACUUCAUCCUCAGCAGGAGGUCAUUGGGUCCGUUGUACACUUGGAGAUAGACAACCGGCUAUGCUCCCAGAGCUCGGAUGACUGCUUCCGCAAUGCUAACAGCGCCGCUGAAUAUCUGGGCGCUCUGCAGGCUCGUGAGAUGUUGCAUUUCCCAUACCCCCUCAAAGAAGUACGCAUUGUACCAAGGGAAGAUCAUGAUAAGAUUCCUGACUGGGGUAAGCUACUGCUAGUAGGGGUGGCUUCUCUGUUCUUGUUGGUAAUCUUGAUGGCGGGCAUGUUGAUUGCCCGCCGCAAACGUGAGCACAGCACACUCUGGUUCCCCGAGGGCUUCUUCCUCAAGAAGGAAACGAGCAGUAACAAGAACCGCAGAGAGCCUGUGGGCCAAGACUCCCUGGGCAUGAAACACAUGCCAAAAACAGUGGAAGAGUCUCUAUUGGCUGAUCACAGUGACCAGUGGAUAGACACAGACUGCCCUGAGGCUAAAAGACUCAAGGUGGAAGAGCCCAGCAUUCUGUCAGAUGGUGAGGAUGCAGUUGACAGCAGACAGUGGACACAGCAUCACUUGGCAGCGGCAGAUAUCCGUAUGCCACCAUCCAUGGCUCUCACACCUCCGCAGGGAGAGUUUGACAGCGACUGCAUGGACGUCAAUGUCCGAGGCCCUGAUGGCUUCACACCCCUGAUGCUGGCAUCCUUCUGUGGAGGUGGGCUGGAGCCCGAAGUGACUGAAGAUGAUGACUCAGAAGAAUCCUCAGCCAACAUCAUAUCCGAUCUCAUUUACCAAGGAGCGUCGCUCGCAGCUCAGACCGACCGCACUGGAGAGACUGCUCUGCACUUGGCUGCACGCUACGCCAGAGCUGACGCGGCUAAAAGACUCUUGGAUGCUGGGGCUGAUGCAAACGCACAGGAUAACACAGGCCGCUCGCCUCUGCACGCAGCCGUAGCAGCUGAUGCUCAGGGGGUUUUCCAGAUUCUGAUCCGGAACCGCGCCACAGACCUAGACUCGCGCAUGUAUGAUGGGUCCACUGCUCUGAUCCUUGCUGCCCGGUUGGCAGUAGAGGGCAUGGUGGAAGAGUUGAUCACCUGCCAUGCUGAUGUCAAUGCUGUUGAUGAAAUAGGAAAGUCAGCUUUGCAUUGGGCAGCUGCUGUCAAUAAUGUUGAAGCUACAGUUGCCUUGUUGAAGAACGGUGCCAAUAAAGACAUGCAGGACCUCAAGGAGGAGACCCCACUAUUCUUGGCUGCCAGGGAAGGAAGCUGCGAGGCAGUGAAGAUGUUGUUGGCUCACUUUGCCAACAGGGAGAUAACAGAUCAUGGACAGGCUCCCUCGGAUAUUGCCCAGGAGCGCAUGCACCACGACAUCGUACAGCUGCUGGAUGAAUAUAACACUGUGAGAAGUCCGCAGGGCCACGCAGGGGCAGGUCACCACAUGUCUGGUAGCCAUACGCUCUCACCACUCAUGUGCCCUCCCAGCAACUUCCUCCAAGGGCUGAAAAGCACCCCUCAGGGUAAGAAGAACCGUCGCCCAGGGGCUAAAGGGAUGGUUGGGCAGCAUGCUGCCGCUCUGAAAGAUUCAGCCAAAAGCCGCAACAAGCGACUGACGCUAGACAUGCAGAGUGCCUUGCUGGAGAGCUCGGUCACGCUCUCCCCGGUUGACUCGCUGGAUUCGCCGCGCGGAGGCGCCAACAACGCCGGCUACAUCACCAAUCCGACCUCACCGGCCGCCAUGCCCACUCCCGGCCUUUUCCACUCCUCCAUGUCUGUUCCUUCCACUCCCAUGGUGCACAGCAGCCUCCUGGAUGGCUCCAGCCCUUUUGCAGUGUCCCUGGCGCAGCUGAGCGACCUGGGCGACGGAGGGCUCUCGAUGCAGGGCCGUGUGGCCAUGCAAGGAGGCAGCAUCAACCAAGGCCCCCACAACUACGUGCUGAACGCCGGCCAGAUGAGCCUCAACAUGGGCAUGGUGAGUCCAGUGAGCGUCCCGUUCGACUGGCACAGCCGCAUGCCCCCGUCUUCUCAGUGCAGUCAGCCCAUGGUCAACAUGGUGCAUCCAGCAAGUAGCCAAGCAAGCAUGCACCCUCAGACCCCAACCCUGCAGCAAACCAGCAUGCUCUUGCACCAGCAGCAGGUUUUCCGCAACGCCCAGCAGCCCAUCCUGCAGCCAACACCCGUCGCCAACACGCCCUCGAUUAGCCCGGUCAAACUGACGCCCAUUGCAGAGCAGCAACCGCAGCAACUCCACAGCCACGCCCUUGCCAACCCCAACCUCACCCGCAUGGGCUCCUCCACUCCCCCGACACCACAGCAGGCACAGCCUCCUCCAGCUUUCUACCAGUCACAGCAGCCUCCGCAGGCCACGGCAUCCCCUCAGGCCCCGCAAGCGACUCAGGCACCCCCAGCGCAGGGGAGCGGCAGCACCGCCGGCCCGGAGGAUUACCCCACUCCGCCCUCCCAGCACAGCUACACCUCUGCCAUGGAUGCGACGCCCAAGCAUUACUUGCACGUGCCCAGUGAACAUCCUUACCUGACCCCUUCUCCAGAGUCUCCAGAGGCCUGGUCUAGCCCUUCGCCUCACUGUGUGUCUGAUUGGUCUGACUCCACCCCGAGCCCGGCCGUCACGGCUUCUGCUCAAACCCAGAUUUCCCAUGUCCAGGAGUCCAAUGGGAAGAUGCAGGUGUUUGCUUGAACAGCUCAACCUACCUUAAAUGUUUGCGACUUUGAGAGAGUAGAGUUGACGAGUUGAUUUUUUUACUUACCUGUCAGCCCAUUUCCAAGAUUUUAAUUGGAUUAGGAUUGACUGCUUUGCGUCAAGAAGACCGUCUGCUGGUGUCUGCAGAAAGAAAGUUAAAGGGAAAUGUGUUGUCUUAAAAAGAAGACAAUUUAAUGAAGUAAGACGUUCUGUCACAGAUGGACUUGUUUUUAAUUAUAAGAAAAAAAGUAUAUGAAGAAUACCACGUCUUUCAUUUCAAAGACUUGGGGACGCUCCUGAAACUAACAAACUUUAUAAAAAAAAAAUAGAUUGAGAGAAAAGUGAAAUGUUGAAGGAAAUUCCUUUCUUUUUAUUUAUUGUCUUAUGUUUUCCAAACUGCCUUGUGGGUGUUUUGGCCCUCGUUCUGUCUCUGUUGUUUUUAGUGACCCCCCCCCCCAUAACAAAUGCCUUACUACUUCCAAUGUUUUACAUGGGACUCGUGAGGAGGUCUCAGGUUCCACGUUGCUACUGUUACAAUUGCUUCGCUCGCCUGGUUUUAUCAACAGCAAUUGACACAUUCCGCAUUUAUAAACCGGGCUUUUGAGCGACACACACACACAUACGAUGAGAUUAGACGUUUUACCAAUUUUAGUGAUAUUUAUUUAGUCAGAAACAGAUUGGCACAUGAAAACAGAGGUAUAUAGAGACCAACACAAGUGAAAUAUUCUGAUUUAAAAUGAUUUUAUACAUGUUGUAAAAUUAUUUGUAUGAAUGUAGAGGGGCAUCUGUGAAGCACUUCAAGGGGAAAAUUUUGAGAGAGAGAGAGAGAUGGGAAGAAAACCCUGACAUCCUAGUUCAGCAUUUAAAGCGACAGUGCAUAAAAGCGCCUCCCGAAAACAGGCCAGUGUUUCGAAUGUUUUCAGUGUUGUGUUGUAUCAGUGGAAAUGAUUUUACUGAACAGUUUCUUCAGCGACCUCACCGGCUUACAAAGGCCUGAGCUCUACCAGCUCCCUCUCAGAAUCCCUGCCAGUCACUGCCUUAUAGUCUUGCCUUGUGUAAAUUUGAUUUUAUUUUGCGUUAUAACCACAUUUUUGGAACCACAGUUCAUUGUGGAACAUUGAUGUAUAAGCUGUGUUAUUAGGCUGCUGCUCUGCGUCACUUCUUCGGUGACACGCGACUUCCUUUCCGCGAACAUUCCUGAUCGCCGCUGAACUGAUCUCAUCGCGUUCCUGGUCCCUCACGAGCACUUCAUUUCAGUACUGAACAGCUGCGGCUGACAUUUGACCACUUGAAAGUCUUCCUCUGGGGCCUUACGAAGCCAAGGCAGUGUGGUUGAUUUAUUUUGAUGUAAUUUGAUCCGUCAGGUCCAGCAUUUCCAUGUGGUCUAAUCAUAUUCGCGCUCCUUUUGGUUUGGGUUGUGAGCAUAUGUGUUGUGUGUUGGGUACAGGGCUAACGGGGUUGCUAAUGGUCUGCUAGUGCUCUGUCACUCCUCAGGGAGGUGUUAUAUAGCAUGCAGUGUUGUCUGCAUCUUUAGCAGUUCCCACCCCAUGAGCCUAGACGAUUACAUCUGUCGUGUCUGGUCAGAAGGCGUGAGACGGGAAACGCUACUAUGUAGUGAUGCCCUUGGCUUUCUGCAACAUGUUCGUAUGUUCAUCCCCAAUAACAUUCCCUGCUGCAGGAUUUGGCGACACUCGCGCGUGUUUUCCAAUUUGUCUUGCAAUUACCAACAGAAACGUGCCCAUCUCGCUAGUUUGACAAAUAUCUGGCACAAAUACUGUGUACAGCUAUGAAACUGUUCAUGUACCACAUUUCAAGACUUGAGGUGGUUUUGGAGCACAUUCUGGACCUCUUUGUUCUUCUACAUAAGUACUACUAAGCUUAGCUUAUCAAGCAUAAGUCUUCCUUUUGUUCAUAACCUUUCACUUCUCGUGAUAUUUUUGAAAUUCCAGUACCUGUAAAUACGUUUCACCUUUUUUUUUUAGGUCUACUUGUUUAUGAGAAGUCUUAUGUUUCUAAAAUGAUUAUGUACUAAAAAAGAACAAAAAGUAAAUGUACUUUUUUAUUAGCAUUAUUAAGGUGAGGACUAUAUUGGUAUAACUAGAACAGCCAUAGAUAUUUUCUGUCGUCAUUAUUAAUUUCCUAUACUUGUUUAAAAGUAGUUUAAAAUCAUUGUAUAUAAACAGCUUUUCACAGUUUCUUUCUACAAAGUUGUAAAAUAUGUUACUUCUAAUAAAGCAGUAGAAACUACA